GAGCUUGAAAGACGUACUCGAGAAUUUUCGGAGCUAAUCGACUCAUUCAGAGGUACAGUUUAUGCAGUUUCGAAGCGCGAGGAAGGACCUAACUAUUUUACGGCAUUGAAGGAGUUGGAAAUUUCGCGGAUGUUGUAUACGCAGGCCUUGGAUAGUCUGCACCUCAUUGAGGAGGACUCCGUUUUUAAGCAUAAGGCUCGCAUUAUGUCACAUUUUGUUGCCGCGUGUUUGCUGGAGUUCGAAAGUAAUUUGGCCUCCAUAAUAGGAGAGAGGAUGGCCCCAGAGUUACUUAUAGAGGAUGAGAAAGGACUGGAUUAUCUUCGAAAGGCUAUGAGGGCGAAGAACGCGCUUUUUGAGCGUGAUGUAACGCCAACUCAAAGAGCAGACUACUGUAGACGUCUCGUUUCUGGUUAUGACGAAAUUAUCUCCGCAAAAUUGAAGUUGCUGAGUAGACUCGAAGUGAGUUAA